GUGUCUUUGGUUGCUGUUGGGAAGAGCAGAAUGGAUCUGAUGCUGAGAAAAUGCCUUUUACAUGUGGCUGUGCUGAGUGCUCUUCUGGCCCUGGGUGCUACAGAAGAAUCCAGAGAUCAAGAUGGAUUUGGUGUCUCAAGGCAGCUCAGAACUAAAACCAGCAACAACCAGCUGUAUCCAAAGUGGACAGAAACCCAGGGGCCUGACUGCUGGAGAGGUGGCAAGGUGUCACUGAAGGUCAGAAAUGAUGGGCCUACACUGAUCGGAGCCAAUGCCUCCUUCUCUGUUGCUCUGCACUUCCCUGAAGGUCAAAAGGUGCUGCCAGAUGGGCAGGUCAUCUGGGCCAGUAGCACUAUCAUCAAUGGGAGCCAGGUGUGGGAAGGACAGCCAGUGUACCCUCAGGAACCUGAUGAAGCCUGCGUCUUCCCUGAUGGUGAUGCCUGCCCAUCAGGCCCUUGGUCUCAGAGGAGACGCUUUGUUUAUGUCUGGAAGACCUGGGGCCAAUACUGGCAAGUUCUGGGAGGCCCAGUGUCUGGGCUGAGCAUUGGGACUGGCAUGGCAAUGCUGGGCACACACACCAUGGAGGUGACUGUCUACCACUACCGGGGACCCCAGAGCUACGUGCCCCUUGCUCACACCAGCUCAACAUUUGCCAUCACUGACCAGGUGCCCUUUUCUGUGAGCGUGUCCCAGCUGCAAGCAUUGGAUGGAGGCAACAAGCACUUCCUGAAGAAUCAACCUCUGACCUUUGCCCUCCAGCUCCAUGACCCCAGUGGCUAUUUGGCUGAAGCUGACCUCUCCUAUACCUGGGACUUUGGAGACAAUUCAGGAACCUUGAUAUCCCGGGCACUUGAGGUCACUCACACUUACCUGGAGUCUGGCCCAGUUACUGCCCAGGUGGUGCUACAGGCUGCCAUUCCUCUUACAUCCUGUGGCUCCUCCCCAGUUCCAGGAACCACCGAUGGGCCUGGCACCACGGCUGGGCAGAUGCCUACUGCAGGAGUUGUAGGUACAACAUCUGGUCAGGUAUCAACUGCAGAGCCCUUUGGAAGCACAGUCACACGGGUGCCAACUGCCAUAGGUAGCACAUCUAAUCAAGUGCCAACAUCAGAAGUCAUAGGCACUACAACAGAGCAGGUGCCAACCUCAGAGGUUGUAAGUACCACACCCACAGUAAUGACAACUUCAGAAGCUGUAGGUACGACACCCAAAAUGGCAACUACAGAACCCUUUGGAAGCACUGUUGCACAGGCAACAAUUACAGCAUUGGCAGAGACUACAGCAAGAGAAGUACCCACCCCUGAGACUGAGGGUCCAGAGACCAGUCCAUUUGUACCUACAGAGGGUACUACAGGUUCCCAGAGUCCACCGCUGGAUGGCACAGCCAUUUUAAUCCUGGCGAAGCGACAGGUGCUGCUGGAUUGUCUUCUGUAUCGAUAUGGCUCCUUUUCCCUCACCCUGGACAUUGUCCAGGGAAUUGAGAAUGCCGAGAUUCUGCAGGCUAUGCCUUCCAGCGAAGGAGAUGCGUUUGAGCUGACUGUGGCCUGCCAAGGCGGGCUGCCCAAGGAAGCCUGCAUGGACAUCUCAUCUCCAGGAUGCCAGCCCCCUGCUCAGAGACUGUGUCAGCCUGUGCCACCCAGCCCAGCCUGCCAGCUGGUUCUGCACCAGGCACUCAAGGGGGGCUCAGGGAUAUAUUGCCUCAAUGUGUCUUUGACUGAUGCAAACAGCCUAGCAAUGGUCAGCACCCAGCUUAUCAUGCCUGGUCAAGAAGCAGGUCUCAACCAGGCCCCGCUGUUCAUGGGCAUCUUGCUGGUGUUGGUAGCUGUGGUCAUUGCAAGCCUGGUAUACAGGCGCAGAUUGAUGAAGCAGGACUCAACUCUCCCACUUAUGCAGCUGUCACAUAGUAGUACCCGCUGGCUACGGCUGCCCAUUUCUUCCAUUCUUGUCCCAGCAGUGAAAGCAGUCCCCUCCUCAGUGGGCAGCAGGUCUGAGUAUGCUCAUGUGAUGCUACUAUUCACUGAGGGUUGACAGCAAUGCCUGCCAUCUCUCCAGUCUUCCCUCGGAGGUUAUCAUCACCUGAAAUAAACAGCCAGAACCUGG